AUGGGACAGUACACACUUUUACGUGCUGAUAAAUUGAACUGAUUGAUAACAGCGCACUGCUUCGGCCCUCGGUAUUGCUAGUACGUAGAGAGGAAUCGGCUCCGAAGAUGUGUCUCGCUAGUGAUUAACUAAAACUGGCCCUGAAUGGUUCCCGUUCGGCGUGGAUAACUUCGACCAUGUACGGGAAAUAUUUCUCCACGAAAAGGGACCUCCUUUGGGCGCUGGUUGUAUUCUGCUGCAUUUUGGCCCUCUAUCUCUAUCACAACCAACUGUCAGAUCGGCUCGCAACACUGGAGGAAUUUAAGCGCACACAUCAAGAGGAACAGCAGAGAACAGCCGUUCGGGACGCUGGUUUGAUUGUGCCAAAGUAUGAAGUGGUAAAGUACGCUACCCGUUAUACACCUGUACCGGACGAUGGGUGGAUUGAAACACUCCCAGGAGAUAUGGGAAAGCCAGUGAUAUUGCCGGACAACGUUACCGACGAUGUACGUCAGCUGGUCCAGCAAGGUUACGAUAAGCAAGGUCUGAAUCAGUACGUCAGUGAUCUUAUACCAGUUCGACGUCGGUUGCCAGAUCUUCGGGAUCCUUGGUGUACUUCGGAACAGCGUCUUCUUACCGCAUUGCCACAAGCAUCGAUCGUGAUCGUGUUCUACAAUGAAGCUUGGUCCGUGUUGGUACGAACUGUGCACUCCAUCCUCGACCGUUCUCCAAAAGAGCUCAUCCGAGAGAUCAUCCUAGUGGACGAUUACUCUAAUCUGGCACAUCUACGCACUCAGCUCGACGAGUACUUCAGCAGCUAUCCGCUCAUACGCAUCUUGCGAGUACCGAAGCGUCUCGGUCUAAUCCGAGCUCGGCUGUACGGUGCCCGAAAUGCAUCGUCCGAUUUUCUCACCUUUCUCGAUGCUCACUGUGAGUGUACGAACGGAUGGCUCGAGGGUCAGCUGGACCAAGUGGUGCGAGAUCCGCACACAAUCGCACUCCCGACAAUCGAUUGGAUCGAUGAGAACAAUCUCAAGCUGGUCAGCGAUAAGGCACCGGUGUUUUAUGGCGCGAUGGGCUGGGGUUUGGACUUUGAGUGGCGUGGCCGGUAGGACCGUGUCCACAAACCGGCCAACAAUAUGGAACCGUUCAGUACGCCGGUAAUGGCUGGUGGACUCUUCACCAUACAUCGGAAGUUUUUCGAGUGGCUCGGAUGGUACGACGAAGGGCUGGAUGUGUACGGUGGUGAAAACAUUGAGCUAUCGCUUAAGGCAUGGAUGUGCGGUGGAAGAAUACUAACCGUUCCUUGUGCGCGCGUUGCCCACAUCCAGAAAGCGGGACAUCCUUAUCUGAAGGACAUGAAAACCGACGUCGUGCGCACAAAUUCUGUUCGCGUAGCUGAAGUCUGGCUAGAUGAGUACGCACAGGUCCUGUACGGGAUGUUCGGUGGACCACAAUAUCGUGGCGAUUAUGGAGACGUUUCUUCGCGCAAGCAACUGCGAAAAGAGCUCCAUUGCAAGGACUUCCACUGGUAUCUUGAGCACGUGUUCCCAGAACUUACGGAAGCGCUCGGUAAACGACCCGGACAAGGCACCUUCCAAAACGAUGCACUAGCUGGAUCUCCAGGACACUGUUUAACGUACGCUGAGUCGAACAAUACCGUCAGUAUGGCACCGUGUGAGCAAGGAAACGUGUGGCAGCAGUGGGUGUUUAGUUUGUAUGGUGAAAUCGGUACCGAUAACCACUGCCUCGACUACGACGGAAACAUGCUGCUUGUGUUCCAUUGCCAUAAAGCACACGGCAAUCAGGAGUGGAUGUACAAUGCCACCACGUACAAUUUCGAGCAUACGAAGCAUAAGGGCAAGUGCCUGGAUGUGGAUGUGGCGCUGAAGAAGGUUCGCGUCGAUGCGUGUGAUUUGAAUCAACAAUCUCAACGAUGGCAUUAUCCAGCCAUUGAGUAUAGGGUGUAGGGUGAAGAACUCAUGUGC